AACCUAUAUAACCCAGAACAAGCAAAGUGGGAAUGCUUUUCCUCCUCCGUGUCGAAGAGGAGUAACUUUGAAAUUCCUUUGGAAUAUUCCGAACUCUCUUUACGUUCCUAAGCUUCUUCUCCUUCCCUCUCCAAUACCUGUCUCCUUGAAUCUAAUAAGAGUGUUAGGAAUUUUAGGUCAUCUUCUAAGGAGCAUCAAGAGUUGAAGCCUGAGGUCGAACGGUAGAUCAUGGGAGUUCCGGCGUUCUAUAGAUGGUUGGCGGAAAAAUAUCCAAUGGUGGUGGUAGACGUUGUGGAAGAACAACCAGUCGAGAUGGAAGGCAUUUCUAUUCCUGUCGACACCAGUAAGCCUAACCCUAACAACAUCGAAUUUGACAAUCUCUAUCUCGACAUGAACGGGAUCAUUCAUCCCUGUUUUCAUCCCGAGGACCGCCCUUCUCCAACCACUUUUGAGGAGGUAUUCCAGUGCAUAUUUGAUUACAUUGAUAGACUCUUUGUGAUGGUGCGACCACGGAAGCUUCUGUACAUGGCUAUUGAUGGUGUAGCUCCAAGGGCUAAAAUGAAUCAGCAACGUUCUAGGCGUUUCGGAGCUGCCAAAGAUGCAGCAGAAGUGGCAGCAGAAGAAGAGCGGUUACGGCAAGACUUUGAGAAGGAGGGCAGAAAGCUACCUCCAAAACAGGAGUCACAAGUUUUUGAUUCCAAUGUUAUCACUCCUGGGACUGAAUUCAUGGCUGUUUUGUCGAUUGCACUGCAGUAUUACAUUCAUCUCAGACUAAACAAUGACCCUGGAUGGAGAGACAUUAAGGUUCUCCUUUCGGAUGCAAAUGUUCCUGGUGAAGGGGAACACAAAAUUAUGUCGUACAUCCGCCUUCAGAGAAAUCUUCCUGGUUAUGAUCCAAAUACACGCCACUGCCUAUAUGGUUUGGAUGCAGAUUUGAUAAUGUUGGCUCUGGCUACGCAUGAAGUGCACUUUUCAAUAUUGAGAGAGGUUGUUUUCACCCCUGGACAACAAGACAAAUGCUUUCUAUGUGGCCAAAUGGGCCAUUUAGCGGCUGAUUGUGAAGGAAAAGCAAAGAGAAAGUCGGGAGAGUUUGAUGAGAAAGGUGAAGGGGCUACAGUGGCCAAAAAGCCUUACCAGUUUCUCAACAUUUGGACUCUUCGAGAAUACUUGGAAUAUGAAAUGCGGAUAACCAACCCUCCAUUUGAGAUUGAUUUUGAAUGCCUUGUGGAUGAUUUUAUAUUCCUAUGUUUCUUUGUCGGCAAUGAUUUUCUGCCACAUAUGCCCACACUGGAGAUUCGUGAGGGUGCAAUCAACUUACUAAUCGCUGUGUACAAAAAGGAGUUUGGGGCAAUGGGUGGCUAUUUGACCGAAUCAAACAAGCCAAAUUUGAGCAGGGUAGAGCAUUUCAUUCAAGCAGUGGGAUCCUAUGAAGAUAAAAUAUUCCAGAAAAGAGCUCGCUUACAUCAGCGGCAGGAAGAAAGAAUUAAGCGAGAAAAGGCACAAGCAAAGAGAGGAGAUGACGCUGAACCUCAAUGUGGAACUGAUUCUGCAGUUCCAGUUGCCCGUUAUCAUGGUUCUCGUCUUGCUUCUGCUCCUGUACCUUCACCAUAUCAACAAACAGGAUCCAGUUACAGUGCAGGGAAUUCCAUAUCUAUAAGAAAUGAAAACCAACUUGGUCAAGCUACCAUGGUUCUGUCAGCACUCAAUAUUAAGGGCAAGAAAUCUGCAGCACCUGAUAGAAAAGAAGUUAAUUUUCAAGCCCGAAAAGUUGCACGCUUGUCUUCAGGGUCAUCCAUUGGUGCUGCCAUUGUUGAGGCUGAAAAUAGUCUUAACGGAGAAGUAGAAGUAUGUGAAAACAAGGAGGAAUUGAAAAUGAAGCUUAAGGAGUUGCUGCGUGAGAAGGCUGACCUCUUUAACUCUGAUAAUCCUGAAGAAGACAAGGUCAAAUUGGGAGAGCCGGGGUGGAAAGAUAGGUAUUAUGAAGAAAAGUUUUCUGCAAAAUCCCCCGAUGAACUUGAAGCAAUACGGAAGGAUGUUGUCCUAAAAUACACAGAAGGCUUGUGUUGGGUCAUGCACUAUUAUUAUGAAGGGGUUUGCUCGUGGCAGUGGUUCUAUCCUUAUCAUUAUGCACCCUUUGCUUCUGAUCUCAAGGAUCUUGGUCAGAUGAACAUAAGCUUUGAAUUAGGUGCUCCCUUCAAACCAUUCAAUCAGCUGAUGGGGGUUUUUCCAGCUGCAAGUGCUCAUGCGCUUCCCAAGCAUUAUCAAAGAUUGAUGACUGAUCCAAAUUCUCCGAUUAUUGCUUUUUAUCCAACUGAUUUUGAAGUUGAUAUGAAUGGCAAGCGGUAUGCUUGGCAGGGUAUCACAAAAUUACCUUUCAUUGAUGAAGGACUCCUUGUUGCUGAGAUUAAAAAAGUUGAACAUACAUUGACGGAGGAGGAAGUUCGGAGGAACAGUGUGCUGUUUGACAUGCUUUUUGUGGCAUGUUCUCAUCCUCUCUCUCCAUAUAUAUUUUCUCUUGAUGACCGUUGUAAACAGCUGUCAAACAAGGAGCGGAUUGAAGUCAAAGAAAGACUUGAUCCUAGUGUGAGGACUACAUGCAGUGGUGGGAUGAAUGGGUACCUAUCACUUUGUAGUGGAGAUCCUUACCAUCCCAUCUUCAGGUCUCCUGUUGCUGGAAUGGAAGACAUUAUGAACAAUCAAGUAAUAUGUGCCAUAUACAGACUUCCGGAUGCACAUAAGCAUAUCACUCGACCACCGGCUGGUGUUGUAUUCCCCAAAAAGACUGUUAAUCUUGGGGAUCUCAAGCCACCACCUGUAUUGUGGCAUGAAGAUACAGGGAGAAAACCAUUUGACAAUGGCAGGCGAAACCCUCCUGGAUCCAUUUCAGGUCGACAGCUUGGGGAUGCAGCACAUAGGCUUGUUGUUAACAGCUUACAGGUAAAGAGGUACACUAAUGGGGGUGACCAGAUACAUGCCCAAUCGCCAUCUUAUGCUGCGGAUAUGUAUGGUGCUCCCCCAUCCACCUAUGCAAAUGGUGGUAGAUACCACAAUCUUGAACAUCAGAGAGGUGGAUAUCACAAUCUUGAACAUCAGAGAGGUGGAUACCACAAUCCUGAACAUCAGAGAACAGUACGACCUGGGGUUAAUUAUCCCACUCACAGUAGUAUGUAUACACAUACAACCAGCUUUAAGAAUCACUCAGACCAUGGUUAUGGGCAACCGUAUGCUCCAUCAGCUGCCCCCAAUCCAUCUCAUGAAAGAUCAUUUCAUCAUCCACAGCAUGUGAGAAGUAACCAACAAGCUUCCCAUAUUAGAGUGCAUCCCAUGCAAAACCAUCCUAGAUAUGUAGCACAAAUACAUGUUGCAACUGGAGCUAAUAGUUUUCCAGAUGGUGGAUACAAUGGUCACAUGGGUUACCAAGCAUCUGGAUAUGGUAAUAACCACCGUCAACAGUGGGUGUGGGUACCAAAAUCAGGUUAAAGGUUGGUUGGUUAUGCUCAUCAAUUAGAGAACAGCUACUCUGUAUUAGACAGAGGAGCAAGUAGAAGGCCACCACCACCUCCAGGAUAUGGCUGUCACUAGCCUUUAUUCAUGUUAGUUGGCAUGUCUGGUAGCCUUCACAAUAGAAAUGUACAAUAGUGAUUUUAAGGUUUUAGUUCUUCCUGUUUCUUCCUGAAGGCUUAAUUAAGGUGUCAUUUUAUGUUGUAACAUCAUAGGCUUAAUUUAGGUGUUUCGUUGUAACCUCAUAUUUAAUGGCAUUGCUCAAAAUGGCUGUAAUAAAAAGAGACAAAAGUUCAAUUUUUCCA